GGGCCCCGGUCUGCUCAGGGUUUUCUUGGCAGAUCGUGCUCUGGCUCCGGCGACCAGGACGCGAGCGCGGCGACUCCGGCCCGGGCAGCAUGUCUGAGAAGCGGCACACGGCAGACGCCCAGGCGCGGCGGCUCCCCGACUCCUUCAAGGAUAGCCCCAAUACGGGCCUUGGACCUUGUGGAUGGAUUUUGGUGGCUGUCUCAUUCUUGUUCACAGUUAUAACUUUCCCAUUGUCAAUAUGGAUGUGCAUAAAGAUCAUAAAAGAAUAUGAAAGAGCCAUCAUCUUUAGAUUGGGUCGCAUUUUACAAGGAGGAGCCAAAGGACCUGGCUUGUUUUUUAUCCUGCCAUGCACUGACAGCUUCAUCAAAGUGGACAUGAGAACUAUCUCCUUUGAUAUUCCUCCUCAGGAGAUCCUGACUAAGGAUUCAGUGACAGUUAGUGUGGAUGGCGUGGUCUAUUACCGUGUUCAGAACGCAACCCUGGCUGUGGCAAAUAUCACCAACGCUGACUCGGCCACCCGUCUGUUGGCACAAACUACUCUGAGGAAUGUCCUGGGCACCAAGAACCUUUCUCAGAUCCUCUCUGACAGAGAAGAAAUUGCACACAACAUGCAGGCUACCCUGGAUGACGCUACUGACGACUGGGGAAUAAAAGUGGAGCGUGUGGAAAUUAAGGAUGUGAAACUCCCUGUGCAGCUCCAGAGAGCUAUGGCUGCAGAAGCAGAAGCAUCCCGGGAGGCCCGAGCCAAGGUCAUCGCAGCUGAGGGAGAGAUGAAUGCAUCCAGGGCUCUGAAAGAAGCCUCCAUGGUCAUCACCGAAUCUCCUGCCGCCCUUCAGCUCCGGUACCUUCAGACGCUGACCACCAUCGCUGCUGAGAAAAAUUCGACGAUUGUCUUCCCUCUGCCCAUAGAUAUGUUGCAAGGCAUUAUAGGGGCAAAACAUUGAGCCGCAGAGGCUAAUGCAGAGACGAGCUCUUCCCUUCCAAGGGUGAAGUGGGGGACCAAAGCAGCCUUUAACCCGUAAGGAGAGAAUAGGGUGGGAACUUGACUAUUCUCCCUCCUUUUCCUUUUCCACAUGUUGAGAGUGAUGUUCUUAGAACGUACAGUGAUCACAGCAACAGCUGAAGAUUGUUAGCUUGUAAAUACUGUGCAAGAGAGAUUUGUAAUUUAUAUCAGAUAAUCUCCUACUCUUUAAAAUAUUUAAAAGUUCAUAUUUUGAGAUCAUUAUGUAAUAGGUUAAAUCCUUCUUCUUUUGACUUUCAUUGAGUCGUUCUACACCCUCUAUCAGCAGCCAGACUAAAGGCAAGAAAAUAGGCUAUAACCACCACCUGACACCCUGGCUGGACAAAUACUUUGCAGAAAACAGUGACUUAGGCUACAACCAGCUUCUCUGGGCCAUAUGUGCCUUACUUCUGGGGAAUCUUAAUUAAGGAAAUUUUCCUAACAUCCAUUUACUUUCUAAACCCAAACCAUGUUUCAAAAUAAUCCUCCCUUGAGGGUCGGCAUUUUCUUGCCAGUACCUGUCAGCACUGGAGGAAAUGACAAGAUCAAUGAAAAUGAUCACCCUAACCCUUGAAAGACUUUUAAUUCUACUAUUAUAGAGGUCCUUUUAAAAUAAUGUGGGUUUUUUAAACUUAUUUGAGCCUCUUUAUCAGAAAAUGAUUCCUCUGUGGUCUUUCAAACCAACUAAAUACUUGUCACAAAAGUGCUUUUUUUUUCUCACUUUUACAUAUUUUCAUAUAUCAAGUUCUAAAUAGUUUUGAUUUUUUUAAAUAAAAUUUUCUCUAAGUUCUAUAAACAAUUGUUUGUACAUUCCCAUUUGAAUAGCAUAAGGACUAAUACUUUUUUAAAAAUUGUCUUCAGAAAACUAUAAUAUUUUACUGUUUGCAUGCUUUUAACUAUUGUACGCUGUGAAAUACCUUGAUUACUAAUCCCAUUCAUUAAAGUAGUAUAAGGAAUUCACAAUAUAUUGGGCACAUAAUAUCCAAUGAGCUUGAGAAGAUGCUGUCAAACUUAGCAUAUCUAUAUAGAUAUAUUUGCCUAGUCUUUCUUUUUCUAUCAUAUACAUUAGUGCUGAAAGAGGAAGCAGUCAGCCCUUCUGAACCAGUUGCUUAAUGUGUAAUAUUAGGAAGCAUCUUCCGUAUUGCAAAUGCCUAUGAGUCUGGGCCCCCCGGCAUUCUCCCUGUUGGUCUGGAAAGCUGCUGGUGACAUUUGUACCACUUCCUCUAGAGAAGUCUAAGAAUAGUGGCUUCCUUACCUAGAGUCACCCUUCAUAUCUGUCCUCAGCUGGAUCACUGUCAUCCCAGCCUAAGUAUCCCCACCUUUAAACCCCAUUUCCAAGGUUAUUUCAGAAAGACUUGACCCACCAUGCAUCCAGGUUCCUAGCUGAGUUUAUUAGAUGUGUAUGGAGCAUUUUGACUUGGAACUCAAGUUGCGUUUAUAUUUUGAAUUUUAAAAUAAUGAUUUUAUCUCUUUUGUGAGGUGGCUUACCCUUGACCACUGAGGACUAGGAAACGACCAUCUAUCCUAACUGAAAAUCUCUUCUCAGACUCAGAGUCACAAUGCUUUCUCUCCCUUGAGUUUCCCUGUCUCCAGAUACCAACCAGUCUUCGCUUUUCUGCCUUGUGGAUUCAUAGCCCAAUAGUUGGAAUUAAGUCGCUUGGGAGGGAGGAAGCAUCGAAGGAGCUCUAGGAUGAGAGUGUUAGUGCAAGAGUUUUUUCCAGGUGGCCUCCCUUUCUGGUGCUGUACAUAAUAAAGUGUGCCCUUUUACUAAUU